AUGGAAAAGCAGUUCUUUGUCAAAGUUACAUGGUGUAACAUGUUACAACAUGGAUUUUCACUACACAUAAGUGAGAAACUCAACAAGAAUUUCAAGAAAGUUGUUACAACAGACAAGGUAAAAGGUUCAAAAACAAGUGAGUUAUUUUGUUCAAGAUUUGACAUUUGUUGGGAUCUUUCUAGUGCAAUGUAUGAUGAAGGACCUGAACCGAUCACCGGGUACUUUGUGAAGGUCCUAGUGAAUUCUGAGAUGGGGUUGAGUCUUGGUGAAAUGGAGCAUGACAACGAGGCGAAAAAUUUGAAUGUUGAUGAUACAUUUUCAAGAUUUGUAUUGGUUUCAAGAAGUGAACAUUACUCAGGAUGUUCAGUUUUUGCUACUAAGGCAAAGUUUUGUGACAGUGGAACAUGUCAUGAUAUACUGAUCAAGAAUUCAUCUGCUAUGUUGUUUGUAUCGAUCGAUAAGAAGAGUGUGAUACAAGUUAAGAGAUUACAAUGGAAUUUUCGCGGUAAUCAGACAAUUUUUCUGGAUGGAUUGGUUGUUGAUUUGAUGUAUGAUGUUCAUGAUUGGUUGUUUAAUACAAAAACAGGAUGUGCAAUGUUCAUGUUUAGGACAAGAAGUGGUUUGGAUAGUAGAUUGUGGCUUGAAGAGAAGAAUUUGGAACAAAAAGAUGAAGAGAAAGUUGGAUUUUCUUUGUUGAUUUGUGCUAGUAAGAAUCCUGAUUGA